CAUUUUGUGAUAACACUUUAUAGAAACGUCAAACAAUACGCAAUAUCCUAUAUAAACAAUAUACGAUAUAGAUAAAAGUAGUAUUUGUAUGAAUGAAGCAGACUUUUAUGUUAGCAAAAGUGGCGGGUGCGCGCGCUGCCGUUCCCCUCAAGCGCAUCCGGCAAGAUGUCGGCAGCUGAGCGCGCGCUCGAGACUCCAUCAGAUGAGAGCUCUUCUCCUCAAUCCAAACAUGAAGCGGAGCCGAUUUCACCUGUAAAGGGAAAACAGAUGGAGGAUCUGACGGGACUUCAGGAUGAUGGACGGCCCUCCGCGUCCACUAAAACCCUCGCAGUCAGUGGCGGUAAAAGCGCGUCCCCCUCCACCUCGUCCCUCUCUUCGCCGGUGUCUGGCAGAGCUAAGAUGAGCGUCUGCGGUCCUGGCAAUAAGACGGCUCCAUCAUCAUCCUCCUCCUCCUCCUCCUCCUCUUCUUCCUCCUCCUCCUCAUCUUCAUCUCUGUCUUCAGCCAGUCCUCCGGCUAAAGUCCACCGCGCACGCAAGACCAUGAACAGACCUCCGUUCCCACAGAUCAAGUCUAUAGAGUCGAUUGCACAAGCUACGCCUGAGAAACCCAUCAGCGGCGGGAAAACAGACGCAGACACAGCUGUGAAGAAGCGUAAGGUGGGUCUGGACUCUGAUGACUCAGCGCCUCCUGCAGGAACUCCAGAGAAAGUGCUGAGGCCACAGACGGAGUCUCCGCUGACCGCGUCUCCAGCGAUGGGGAAGGUGGAGCCAGUUGCCACGGCAACUAAAGAGCAUCACAGUGGUUGGCUGGAGGAUCUUGAUGAGGAGGCCGAUGAGGAAGAUUUCCACCUGCUCUACAACAGUUACUCUGGAGACGACCUGAUCUACUCUGACAGCAAGUCAGAUGAUGGGAUGGCAGACGAGACGCUGGAGGAGGGGCAUCUGUCUGAUCAUAGCUCGGACUCCGAUCGGCCCCUCGCCGCUUACAAGAAAGCAGGAGCAGAGAGAGACGAGACGCCAUGGAAGCGUCAAGGGAAGGGUAAAGGGAGAGACAAACCCCCCGCUGGAGAGCCGCAGGCAGAUAAAGGUGAAUCCGCAGCGGCAGCGGCCGACUACACUGAGGUUCCUCUGGACUCACUGGACAUCUCAGCAGCCGACAGCCUCUCUCUCUCUCCACACGCAGACGGCAGUGAUGCAGAAACGGAGCGUCUGGAGGAGCUUCCUCUGUGCAGCUGCCGGAUGGAGGCUCCGCGUGUGGACGGAUUCAGCGCUCGGUCCAACAGGACCUGUAUGGCCAUAGAGAGCAUCAACGGAGAGCUGGUGGGCUGUACCAGUGUGAUCGUGAAGGGGGAGACGAUGCGUCCCUCCAGCCGCGUGUCUCUGAUGGUGUUGUGUGAGACGCACCGUUCACACAUGGUCAAACAUCACUGCUGUCCCGGCUGCGGAUACUUCUGCCUCUCUGGAACGUUUCUGGAAUGUUGUCCGGACGUUCGUAUUACUCAUCGGUUCCACCGCGGCUGCGUGUCGGUGCUGGGCGGUGGGCGGAGCCGUGGAGGAGUGGGCGUCGGCCUGCUGUUUUGCCCUCACUGCGGCGAGGAUGCGUCAGAGGCGCGUGAGGUCACCAUCCCUCCUGCAGCGCCCUCAUCUGGCUCUAAUGUGGUCACUGCAAGCGCCUCGUCCACCACCACCACACCCUCCCUGCUCCCGUCCGCCCUCGCCGCCACAUCACGGGCGCUGAACAACGACAAGAAGAUGGGAGAGCCCAUCAACGCGAGGAUGCGCUGUCGUGGAGAUGUAAGAAAUGGGGUGGAGCUGCAACCUCAGCCGGCCAAUGCCACUCCAGGAGGGGAGGAGGAUGUGGUCGCCCUGGGUGACGGUGGGGUGGACAGUGUGGGACCGUCGCUCGUCCUACCCAAUGGGAAGCCAGUCUGUCCCAGUGCACUUCCGCCUGGAGACAGGAGGGCGGCGCUGCAGAGAGCCAUUCUCACACAGGACACUGAGAGGAGGAAGAAGCUGCGGUUUCACCCCCGUCAGCUGUAUCCCGCAGCCAAACAGGGCGAAGCUCAGCGAGUUUUGCUCAUGCUCAUGGAGGGCAUCGACCCGUCGUAUCAGUCGGACUCUCAGAACCGACGCUGCGCUCUUCACGCGGCCGCCCAGAGAGGUCUGCUGGAGGUCUGUUACCUGCUCGUACAGGCAGGCGCUAAGGUGGAUGCCCAAGACAAGACCCUGCGGACCCCUCUGUUAGAGGCCAUCGUGAACAAUCAUGUGGAGGUGGUGAAAUACCUGAUCCAGAGCGGAGCCUGCGUCUAUCAUGCAGAAGAGGACGGAUCUACAGGCCUGCAUCACGCUGCCAAACUGGGGAACCUGGAGGUGGUGAUGCUGUUACUGAGCACCGGACAAGUGGAUCUGAAUGCACAAGAUAGCGGCGGCUGGACGCCCGUCAUCUGGGCCGCAGAACACCGACAUAUAGACGUGAUCCGAGCUCUGCUCAACAGAGGAGCCGACGUCACGCUCCGAGACAAAGAGAUGAAUGUUUGCCUGCACUGGGCGUCGUUCGCGGGCAGCGCUGAGAUCGCUGAACUGGUUCUGAACGCUGGCUGUCCUCUGUCGUCCGUCAACCUGCACGGAGACACACCGCUGCACAUCGCCGCGCGCGAGGGCUUCACCGACUGCGUCACGCUGUUUCUUUCUCGGGGUGCUGACAUCGACAUUAUGAACAAGGAGGGCGACACGCCGCUCUCUCUCGCCCGCAGUGACACGCCCGUCUGGGUGGCGCUGCAGAUCAACAGGAAGUUGCGUCGGGGAAUCGCCAAUCGCGUCGUACGGACGGAGAGGAUCAUAUGCAGUGACGUGGCUCAGGGUUAUGAGAACGUUCCCAUCCCGUGUGUUAACGGUGUGGACGAUGAAGGCUGUCCGUCUGACUACAAAUACAUCGCAGAGAACUGCGAAACAUCAGCCAUGAACAUCGACCGCAACAUCACACACCUGCAGGUGCCACUCAACACUACACACUGCAGCUGCACAGACGAUUGUUCCUCCAGUAACUGUCUCUGUGGGCAGCUCAGCAUCCGCUGCUGGUACGAUAAGGAUCAACGCCUUCUUCAGGAGUUUAAUAAAAUCGAGCCGCCUCUGAUCUUCGAGUGUAACAUGGCCUGUUCCUGCCACAAAACCUGCAAGAACCGAGUGGUUCAAGCUGGAAUUAAGGUGCGUCUGCAGCUCUACCGCACUGAGAAGAUGGGAUGGGGCGUCAGAGCGCUUCAAGAUAUUCCUCAAGGAAGUUUCAUCUGCGAGUAUGUUGGCGAGCUGAUCUCUGACGCUGAAGCAGACGUGAGGGAGGACGAUUCGUACCUGUUUGAUCUGGACAACAAGGAUGGUGAAGUGUACUGUAUUGAUGCCCGAUACUAUGGUAACAUCAGCCGCUUCAUAAACCACCUGUGCGACCCCAACAUCAUCCCUGUGCGUGUGUUCAUGCUGCACCAGGACCUGCGCUUCCCUCGCAUCGCCUUCUUCAGCUCCAGAGACAUUUUCACUGGACAGGAACUGGGGUUUGAUUACGGCGAUCGUUUCUGGGACAUCAAGAGCAAGUACUUCACCUGUCAGUGCGGCUCAGAGAAAUGCAAACAUUCGGCGGAGGCCAUCGCGCUGGAGCAGAGCCGACUGGCCCGUCUGGAGGUCUGUCCGGAUCCUGCCGGGGAAGCCGGACUUCCAGUGUUAGGACACUCGUAACGAGACUCUUGAACAUUACGCUUGUGUUUAAACGUUUGUGUGACAAAUGUACAGCUCUCGAACAGAGACGUGUGCUUAUCACAGUGAUACUUGUGUUUGCAUCUUCAAAUGAUUCAUUUCUUCCAUCUGACGGGACACAGGAAACAAUAAAAUGAUACAGUGAACUGAAGUUCAGCACACGUAAAUGCCUUUCCAGAAUACCACCAGGAAGUAACAUUCAAAUUCACGGCUGUAAAUCCUGUUCGGAUCAGGAGGGGAAAUGUCACAAAACUGACGAUUUUAUGCCAACUGUCAUCUGAUCACAAACUCCCUCUUUUUCAUUAAGUAUCAUGAUUUUUUUUUUGUAAGUGUAAUUGUUUUAAUAAAUACUGUUUGAUACAGAAA